GCCUGCUCCGCGGCACCGAGACAGCUGAGUCACACAUACAUUUAGAUCCAGAUAAAUAGAUACUGUGUUAAAAAAAGAGCGACUACAGUCAAGACAUUGCCGUGAAUACACCGUUUUUUUUUUUUAGCCAAACCGUCUCUGACUCCGCGUCGAAAGAUGCUGACGAUAACGCUGAAGACCCUCCAACAACAAACGUUCAAAAUAGAAAUAGACCCAGAAUUGACGGUGCAAGCCCUGAAGGAGAAAAUAGAGGAAGACAGAGGAAAAGAUGCAUUUCCUGCUGCCGGACAGAAACUCAUUUAUGCAGGCAAAAUCUUAAAUGAUGACACCCGGCUGAAAGAAUACAAAAUUGACGAGAAGAACUUUGUGGUGGUCAUGGUUACCAAGCCUAAACCUGCCCCUCCUCCACAAGCAGCCCCUCAGCCAACUCCCCAGCCAACUGCAACUCCAGCACCAGCCUCAGCCUCAGCCUCAGACCCAGCACCAGCCUCUGGCCCAACACUAGUGCCCUCCACACCCACACACACAGCAUCUGCACCUACACCUGCCCCGCAGUCAGUGCCUCCGUCUGAAUCUCUGCCCCCAGCAGCAGAAAACACCACGCCUGCUUCUGCUGAAGCAGCAGUAGCCCCGGACUUAAACACUGCUUCGGCCUCAGAUGCCACUCUAGCCUCUGCCCCAGUUCCGAAAGUUGAUAAGACAGCUCUUACCUCGGGCCCUGCAGACCACCCCUCCCCUGCUGCCCAGCCAGAAGAGAAGCCAAGGAAAGACCCUGAGAAUGAACCGUCUGCCCCUGCAACAGUCCACUCCUCUGCCUCCAGCCUCGUUGAUGAACUGGGUCUCCUUGAAGAAGCAGCAUCAAUACUGGUAACGGGUCCAGCCUAUGAGAAUCUGGUGUCAGAGAUUAUGUCUAUGGGUUAUGAGCGGGAGCAGGUAGUGGCUGCACUCAGAGCCAGUUACAAUAACCCAGACCGAGCAGUGGAGUAUCUACUCAUGGGUAUUCCAGCGGAGGCCAAUGAUCUUCCAUCUCAGGAGCCAGUUAGACAGAGUGCUCCAUCCAACCCCCUUACCCCUGCUACACAACAACCACGGCAGCCCCCAGUAGCCUCAACAGGGCCAGUGUCUGGCAGCCAACCUGCCCCAGCAGAGCCAGUGUCUGGCAGCCAACCUGCCCCAGCAGGGCCAGUGUCUGGCAGCCAACCUGCAGGUGGAGGUUCUGUCUCAACCGGGAACCCUCUGGAGUUUCUGAGGAACCAGCCUCAGUUCCAGCAGAUGAGACAGAUCAUCCAGCAGAACCCAGCCCUUCUACCAGCCCUGCUGCAGCAGCUGGGCAGAGACAACCCGCAGCUGUUGCAGCAAAUCACACAACACCAGGAGCGUUUUGUGCAGAUGCUGAAUGAGCCACGAGGUGGAGACACGGGAGGGGAGGGGGCCGAGGCCCAGGGGUCACCACACACCAACUACAUCCAGGUCACCCCACAGGAGAAGGAGGCUAUUGAGAGGUUAAAAGCGCUGGGCUUCCCAGAAGGCCUAGUCAUCCAGGCUUACUUCGCCUGCGAGAAAAAUGAGAAUCUGGCCGCUAACUUCCUGCUACAGCAAACAUGGGACGAUGAGUAACCACACGUCACCUGACACAUCACCGUCCAACUGAGGGCUGCAGAGUGGAUGACAGCACUGCAAGAGGUCCACCAGGGAGGAACAGGGACAGGAGAGAAAGAGGACAUUUUAUUUCAUGCCAUGUGACAUUGGUUUGAUGAUGGUGAUGAUGAUGAUAAAGUUCAAAGUUAGCUGCAUACUUUUCCAUUCUGCUGUGAUGAUCAUCAUAGGAGCUCACACUGAGCUGUGCCUCACUGCUGCCGCUUGUGCCAAGUGAUGUGCCCAGAGAAAGUCAUGCCAGAAAAUACGUCAGCAGUCUGCAUCACUUUCACGGGCUGAAGGCUUUUAUUUAGAGGGUUUCAGCUGCAGUCAGCUCUCAGGCUGCCGGUAGAACAUGGUAGACUACUGUACAUGCACAGUAUAUUCACCUCAGAGUGAGUGAAUAUACACAUUCAUUCACACUCAUUUUCAACAUGCGUGUAUGCAAACCCUCCAUGUUGGAUUUAUCUGAAAAUGUGAUGCAAACUGAUGUUGACCAUGCAGAUGUGGUUUUAUCAAUGGAACAUGAAAACUGCAUGGUGAUUGAAAUUGCUACAGGAGUAUCUGAAACUUUAUGGCCCGUUUCUGCCAGUAAAAGAUAAAUUAAAUUAAAUGCUAGGAAUGACAGAUUUAAAGUACUUAAAUUACUUAACUUUAAAGCUGCAGUAGAUAACUUUUAUAAAAAUAACCUUUUAGUUACAGUUGACUGUUGAUUCUCAUUCUCAGGUCAACAAAUACCAAUGCUUGGAAUGAAACUAUAUUCAAGCCUCCAACCCAAAGUGUCUUUCUAUCUUUCUUGGCUCUGAUUGGUUGUUUUCAUUCAGGUCGAGUGGAUUCUUGCAAAUGCCAUUAGGACCUGACUUUUUCCCAAACUAUCGGUCUCAUGUGCUACUGUCAGGAUAUAGUAAAAGUUUCGGCAAAUAUGAAAAAAGUUAUUUUUAGAAAGGUUACCUACUGCAACUUUAAAUCCAAUUUUUGGCUAGAGUCGAGAUUACGAGACAGUAAGUGAAUGUCUCUGUUUGAAGUUUUUUUAUUAGUUUUAAAAUCAUUUUGACUUUCUCAGAAUUUUUGCAUUAGUAUCUCAUAAUUUUGACUUCUUAUUGAAAUAUUUAUUACUUAGUAUCUAAAUGUUUUGACUUUCUUUAUUUUGACUCACUGACAUUGACUUACUUCUGAGUCAGAGUAUUUUUAUUUUUAUUAUUUUCAACUGUUGUUUCUUUCUUUUUUGUUGAUUAUUAUUAUUUAUUUUUCUUUUCAUUUUUUUGUUGUUGCAGAAAUGGGCUUCCAAAAUCUGUAGACAUUCAAAGUUUGAUCAAAUCCGUCUGGGUGGUUGCACUGCAUUUGGAACAUUCAAUCAUAGUAUUUUAUCAUUGCUUGUUAUGGGGAUUAUGUGUGCUGUGGUAUUGUGUUUAGUGGGAUAAGAUGGGACACCCAGAUGCAGCGCUUGGCUUGUAUUGCCAUCAUGGUCUUUCGCAGUGGUGGGUUUGUUUCUUUUCUUAUUUUGCAGAUGAUGGUAACUGAAGGUUUAUUGUGAGGUGCCACAUAGCAUGCUUUGUGAGCUUGACUUUUUAUUUUAAAGAAAAGUUCUGUUUCCUUAGCUGGAAUGUUCAAACAUCGUCCACUAGCUACUUUUAGACAAUCCGUUUUUGUUCAGUUUGUCUCAUAUCACAUAUUCUAUGCAUCUUAAAGCUGUAAGAGCCAUUGCUCCUUCAUGCCUUAUGGGUUGUUAAAGACUUCAACAUGUUUCAUUUUACAAAUGGUGUGGUAGUACAAUAUAGUGUUUCAGAUAUCUCAGAGUGUCAUCGAAUUUAGAGUUUUAAUUAUUGAUGAUUAAUCAGUUAUUGUUUUGGUCGACUAAAGGGAGUUCUAAGUGCUAGAAGCCAAAACAAAACAAAUAUUUUUUCAGCUUUCAGCAUGUGCUUUGCUGUUUCUCAUUUUACUUCUCUUUAUUGUGUUUGAACUUGAAAUGACUGGAAGUUUUGUAUUAUAUUGUAAAUGGGGUCUACAAUUUUGGGGAAAAGGCACUUUACUAUGACAAAUGCUGCUCUUUAGCUGUGAGGGUUUGUUGGUUGCAUGAGAUUGUUACAGUUAUUUAUAGCAUGGCAGUGGGUUAGGAAUGAUGAAACCACUAGUGUGGUGUUGCUCUCAUCUCAGUUUUUGUUUUCUUUUUAGGUUUAUAAAAAAUAUAACCUUAAAUACACCAGUUGAGGUUUUGCUGAAUAGUUGUGAAAAACGUAUGUUUCAGCACUGUGUAAAAUAAAUGGCUUUUACAAAGUA